UUCAUGCUCAGGGUCAAACUGUGCCAUCUGAGGCUCUGGCUUUCUUGCUUCAGCCCCUUUGAUGAGAAAGGGGAGAAACUGGUGGUGAAGAGAGGCUGCUUUAAUGACUUUUUUUUUUUUGGAAAGGCUUAGGUACAGCUAAACCACUUUUCAGCAUUAUCUGCAUAAGAAAAAGCACAUAAUAGCCAGGCUAUCAGAGUCAUUCUCAACAGGACUGUCGACAUACUGGAGCAAGACAGCACAGUGCUGGGAGACUUUUGCUGAGACCAAGGCGAAAAAGCCAACCGAUGGGGAAUUAUAAAUCCAGACCGACCCAAACCUGCACGGAUGAGUGGAAGAAAAAAGUCAGCGAAUCCUACAUCAUUAUAACAGAGAGGCUGGAAGAUGACCUGCGUAUCAAAGACAAAGAGAUGUCAGAGCUCAAGCACGCCUUUAGCUCUGAUGAAGCCUUCAGCAAAGUCAACUUAAAUUACCGCACGGAAAACGGGCUGUCUUUACUUCAUCUGGGCUGCAUUUGUGGUGGCAACAAGUCUCAUGUGAGAAGCCUCAUGUUAAAAGGGCUGCGCCCAUCUCGUCUAACAAGAAAUGGGUUUACAGCUCUGCACUUGGCGGUUUAUAUGGACAAUGCAGAGCUGAUCACGGCCCUCCUGCACAGCGGGGCUGACGUCCAACAGGCCGGCUACGGGGCACUGACAGCCCUGCACGUGGCCACCCUCGCCGGGCACCUGGAGGCUGCUGACAUCCUGCUACAGCACGGAGCCUAUGUAAAUGUCCAAGACGCGGUCUUUUUCACCCCUCUACACAUUGCAGUGUACUACGGUCAUGAGCAGGUAACCCGUCUCCUGCUGAAAUUUGGCGCCGAUGUGAAUCUAAGUGGAGAAGUUGGCGAUCGGCCCCUCCACUUAGCAUCUGCCAAAGGAUUCCUUAAUAUUGCAAAACUCUUGAUGGAAGAAGGCAGCAAAGCAGAUGUGAAUGCCCAAGAUAAUGAAGACCACGUACCUCUCCAUUUCUGCUCUCGAUUUGGACACGAGGAUAUUGUAAAGUUUCUGCUCCAAAGUGAUUUUGAAGUUCAGCCACACAUAGCUAAUAUCUAUGGAGACACACCUUUGCACUUGGCUUGCUACAAUGGAAAAUUUGAAGUUGCCAAGGAAAUAAUUCAAGUGUCAGGAACAGAAAGUCUGGUAAAGGAAAACAUCUUUAGUGAAACAGCUUUUCACAGUGCUUGUACCUAUGGCAAGAGUAUUGAACUCGUUAAAUUUCUUCUUGACCAAAACAUCCUAAGCAUCAAUCAUCAAGGAAGAGAUGGGCACACUGGAUUACACUCUGCUUGCUUCCAUGGACACAUUCGCCUGGUCCAGUUCUUACUGGAUAACGGAGCUGAUAUGAAUCUGGUAGCCUGUGAUCCCAGCAGGUCAAGUGGUGAAAAAGAUGAGCAAACUUGUUUGAUGUGGGCUUAUGAAAAAGGGCACGACGCCAUCGUCACGCUCCUGAAACAUUACAAGAGGCCUCAGGAUGAAUUGCCCUGUAAUGAAUAUUCUCAGCCAGGAGGAGAUGGCUCCUAUGUUUCCGUUCCAUCACCUUUGGGGAAGAUUAAAAGCAUGACAAAAGAAAAGGCAGAUGUCCUCCUCCUGCGAGCAGGGCUGCCUUCCCAUUUCCAUCUUCAGCUCUCAGAGAUUGAGUUCCAUGAAAUUAUCGGCUCAGGGUCUUUCGGAAAAGUCUACAAAGGGAGAUGCAGGAACAAAAUCGUGGCGAUCAAACGCUAUCGGGCCCACACUUACUGCUCCAAGUCCGACGUGGACAUGUUCUGCAGAGAGGUGUCCAUUCUUUGCCGACUCAAGCACCCCUGCGUGAUCCAGUUUGUUGGAGCCUGCCUGAACGACCCCAGCCAGUUCGCCAUCGUCACUCAGUACAUCUCAGGGGGGUCCCUGUUCUCUCUCCUCCAUGAGCAGAAGAGGACUUUGGACUUACAGUCGAAAUUGAUCAUUGCUGUGGACGUGGCCAAAGGCAUGGAGUACCUGCACAAUCUGACCCAGCCCAUCAUCCACCGUGACUUAAACAGGUGUCAGGAGGGGGACUCAAGCCCUUGUCUUCCGAAGGCCAGGGCCAGCUUUCCUUCCACUCUACCACCUGGACUCCCAAAGCUAUCAUCGAAAGGUCUGUUUUAUCCUCUUGGAUCGCUUCUGCCUUGCGCUGUUAGGAAUCCUCCCAUUCACAGAGUGACUCCUUCCCUGCUCCUGAUUCUUUUCAUCAGCCACAACAUUCUCCUCUAUGAAGAUGGCCAUGCUGUCGUGGCAGACUUUGGAGAAUCAAGAUUCCUGCAGUCUCUGGAUGAGGACAACAUGACAAAACAACCUGGGAAUCUCCGUUGGAUGGCCCCCGAAGUCUUCACUCAGUGCACGCGGUACACCAUCAAAGCAGACGUGUUCAGCUACGCCCUGUGUCUGUGGGAGCUGCUCACUGGCGAAAUUCCGUUUGCUCAUCUCAAGCCAGGACUGUCCUGGGAAACAGAGAGUGGAGCUGUUCUGAUUAACCUCGAAGCAGAGCAUUGGGUCAGAGAAAGAGCUGACGGAAGCCUCAGAGACGUCUAUACCAACCUCCUUCAUCGGAAUUUGUCUGACAAAGCCAGCGUUUGAACCCAGGUCUUCUGACUCCAAUACCCUUUGUGCAAGAGGCAGUUAGGCUGUAGAGUGGAUAGAGCACCAAGCUUGGGGUUGGGAAGUCCUGAAUUCAAAUGCUGCCAAAGCCAGUUCUUAGCUAUGUACCUCUGAGUAAAUCAUUAAAAUUUCUGGGCCUCAGUUUCCCCAUCAGUACCUUAAGAGUUCCUGUCUCAUUCACAGGAUUGCUGUGGGAAUUAAAGGAGAUUCCAUGCUGAAAGCCAUUAGCCAAUUCUAGAGUUCUAUGUGAAUACCAUCUAUCAGUACUGCUGCUGCAGUGUGCACCAUCUUAGCCCCUAUGUGGGACCCAGUCCUGGGUCUCUGUCCGAACCUUGGCAAUGAAUUCCUUUCUUUUCUGGUCCCCUGCCAUGUUGUCCCAGCCAUCCCUUAUGAUACCAGUCUGUACCUGCUUCCCCGCACACCUCAACCCUCAGCCCAUUCAAAGCAAUGGAUGACCCAGGCCAGGCCCAAAGAACCCACUUAUUGCCUUCGCCCAUUGCUGUCUGUUCCGUGGAUCAGCUAAGGAAUACUUCUAAUCGUAAUAAUAGCUAUUAUUUACCCAGAUAUUUCAGGUUUGCAAAAUACUUUACAUGAGCUAACUUGCUUUAUCCUCAUAACAACCAAGAGAGGCAGCUAGGUGUUACUGGUAUUCCCAUUGCACAGGAGAGGAAACCCAAGUACGGGUUAAGUCCAUUUCAGUGAGCCUUCUGGAAAUGUGUGGGAACUGCUGCUGAGCAUUUUAUCAAAUGACUUUGUGCAGUUUUGCAUGAAAAUGAUCAUGUGCUUGAGCUCCAGAUGUCUGACUCAACAUCGUUAUAUUGUCUCUCUUGCCUUAGUUAUGUCAGCGGGAACUUUGGUCCAGGAGGCAGGCAGCUCUUUGUCAUUGGGAGGAGCUUGCUGUUCCUUCUAUAUUCCUAUGAAUGGAAGCCUCUCCAGGGCAGGAGCUGCCUUGGCUUCUUCUUUGUACCUUCAGCAUUUAGCCCAGUACCUGGCACAUAGUAAGGACUUAAUCAUUGUUUGUUGAUUUGACUGAUCAAGGUUUAAGGCUAGAAGAGGCCUUAGGUCUUCUGGUCCAACCCUUCCAUUUAAUAGAAGAGACUGAAAUGACUGGCCCAAGGUCAUACAUGGAGUUAAUGCUAGACUCAGGAUUUGAACCCAGCUCUUUCCAACUCCAAGGCAAACUCUCAAUUUGCUCUUCCAUGCAUCUCUGUCUCUCAGGUUCAGUUUCUGUUGUUGUUAUUCAGACUAGACCUGAGAUUUCAAUGAUUAUAAGGAAUUCCUAUUGAAUACUCCCCACCUCCAGCUUGACUCCAACCAAGGCAAAUCUCCAAUCACUCUUACAGUUUUAGAGAGUUACCUGAGACAGUAAUAGUUGAACUGACUUGCCCAGGGGAAGUAAAAUCCUUGUCAUCCUAAUGUCAAGUCAAGUACUUCAUCUACGAUGUCAGGCUGCCUUUAUGUCAGUAUCAUCAUUUAUACAAAUAUCAGCAAUUAAUGGUAAAAACAUGGUACCACUGGAGGAAUCAAGAGAAAGAAACUCCUCAAAUUUUAUUU